AUGGGUGACCCCGCUCGUUUCGUCAUCAAGGAAGGCCAAAUUACAACCAACGUCGGCGUGACACUACCGAGACCGGCGUCGGACCGACUGUUUCUGGUCAACGCCAGCAAUGUGCCGGAGUUUCGUCCAGUAUAUGAUGCGUUGACCAACAUGGCUUUCUACAGCUUGGCUCCCGAUGUGAUGCGCUGGCCGCAGCCAUCUGACUCUGGAGAGUUACUAGGCCAAAACGGGCAAAACUUGGCCAGCGUACUUGCCGCGCUGGAACGACGCAAUUCUCCAAGAUUUGAUCGUAUUCAGCGUUACUUGUCCAAAGUGACGCCGGGCGUUGAGGGUGUUGAAAGAAUCGCCAUAGGCAAUCUAGAAACGCUGCAGUUCCGUCAAAAGGUCGCGGGCCAGAAAUCAGCUUGGAGGUUCCCGGCGAUCAAUAUGUCAGAUGGCACUCUGCGGGCGUUGGCUGUCCUCACGGCUCUUUUGCAGGGCGACGGUGACGUCCCAUCGUUGAUCGGUAUAGAGGAACCAGAAAUUGCCCUGCAUCCUGCCGCUGCAGGCAUUUUGUGGGACGCUAUGGAUGAUGCACAAGAAACUGCCCAAGUAUUAGUUACGACCCACAGCUCAGAUCUGCUGGACCGAAGUGACAUACCGACACCGUCUCUACUUGCGACCACAAUCGAAGCGGGCAAUACUAAGAUUGGACCCAUUUUCGAAAGCAGUCGCAAACUGCUACAAGAGCAUCUGUGCACGCCGGGCGAGUUGUUGCGACAGCGGCGACUGUCACCUGCACCUCUGGUCGUGCCGCCCCCGCCCGGAUAUCCGGUGUCGCUGCUUGACCUAUGA